AUGGGUGGCAACCCCCCAGGGAUGUACGAGGUGCACUGGGCCACAGACCGUCCCUUUCCACAGGCCAAGAAGGUGGCAGGAGCACGGCCCUUGUGUUGGGCAAGGGAGCAAGGGCAUACUCUGUCAGAUGCUGCCGGCCUGGCUGAUGGAGGCAUGGGAUGGUGCAGUCUGGUGCUGAGGCGGGAUUCUGGCAAGUGGUGGCCGGCGCAAGCUCGGGCGGAUGACGCCCCGGGAAGCAGGUACGAAGUGCGACUCCGCCCCGGCCCUUCCGCCGCUCGAAGGGCGCCCCUCAUGGCCGAGGCCCGGGCGGUCAGUCGGGCCGCCCCUUCGGACGAGCCGCUCCUGAGCCGUGCGCGCUGCGGCUGGCUGUGCACGGCCCGAGGGUGCUGCCGGCUGAUCCAGGGCCUGCUGGGCGUGCUGCUGAUCGCCUGCGGCUCCGUCUCCUUCGGCGGGCCCGGCGGCUACACGGGCCUCUUCAGCCUGGGCAGCGCGUACUACUACCCCUACGGAGGCGCCUACAGCGGCUUCGCCGACGGGGCGGACGGGGCCAAGGCGCAGCGGCUGGACGCCGAGCUCCACCGGCUGCAGCGGCCCCCGGCCCAGGGCGCCAUGGCGGUGGGCGGCGCGCUGCUGGCCUGGGCCGGCCUGGGUCUGGCAGCGGCGGGGCUCCUGGGGCGCUGCCCGGCCUGGCUGCUGCUGCCCGAAGCCUGCCUGGACGCGGCCGCCGCGCUGGCCCUGGUGCCGGCCCUGCUCUUCUACUACGGGCACCUGGGCGAGGCCUACGCCUCCCCGCUGUGCCAGGAGCGCCAGCGCCUCUACCGCAGCAAGGGCCACGCCGGCUUCGACUGCCGCCUGCACGGGGCCGAGGUGGCGGCGGGGCUGCUCGCCGGAGGGGCCGCCCUCGCCUGCUGCGCCAGCGCCGUCCUGGCCCUCCGCGCCUUCCGCGCCCUGGUCGCGCAGCAGCGGCUCCCAGCCAAGCGCCUCGACGACCUCUAGCGCCGGCCUGCGGCGGGGCGGGAGGGAGGGAGGGAGCACGUGCGGUCAGCUGGACGGGACGGCCCCCGCCCCCCGCAGAGCAUUGCGCUGUCCUGGCGUCGAGCUCCCUGCUUUGGACUCGCGAUGCCAGCGC